AUGUUUAGAAACUUAUUAGUUAAAUCAAUUAAGUUAGCAGCCAACAGACAGCUCUUUGCUUAAUAAAAAAAUACUAAGCUCUUUAACGCUUGGUUGAGUUAAAACUAAAUUUAAAGCCUCAACGCUUUAAGUUCUCAAAACAGAUAUAAUUUUACUUCCUCUGGAGAUACUUAAGUUAAUCAAAUUUUAGAUGAAGUUGAAGCAAAGGUUUUCUAAGUUUUAAAAAGUGCUGCUAAGUGUAAAGCUGAUAAAUUGAGCAGAACAGCUACUUUCGAAGAACUAGGCUUUGACUCUCUCGAUGGAGUUGAGCUCGUUGUUGCCAUGGAAGAAUUAUUUGGUUUUGAUAUUACUAAUGAAGAAGCUGAAAAAAUUGUUUCAGUUCAAGACGCAAUCACAAUUUUCAAUAAAAAUCUUGUAGAAAAAAUCAAUAGAGAUAAGCUUGUUGAAUUAUAAGAAUCCGAAACAACUCCCUUAAAGAAGUGA